UUUCACAUAUUAUAUUCCAUUGAUGGAGAGAUACAAAGAUUUAAUUUAUAUCUUAAAUCAUUUACAUCUGUGUAUAAUCUUUUCCAGCGAGCAGGAGAUGGAUUGAGCACUUGUAGUACUGGGGCAAACCUGUUCAAUAACACUGUCCCUUUUGAUGUCGAUGAACAGUCAAAUAGUUUACCUGCUACUGAGGCUUUGUCACCCCUAGACAGUCCCCAGCCCCCGGAUGACUUGACAUUGCAGAAUAGUCCACUCAGCAUGGAUGUGUUCUCACCACCAAACAGCCCACCACCCCCAGAGUACUUCUCACCACCACCAUCCCCUACAGUACCACUCUCACCAGCAAAUAUAGUUGACCAGGAUAUGCCAUGUGAGGAUUUCUCUUGUAGGUAAGUGCCUUUUCAGACUGAAUUGACAGCAUUCAUUCUAUUUUCCAGUUUCAAAUUAAAAAAUAGAAGAAAAAACGAACACUCUCACCCAAGAUAAAUUUUCUAUUCUUUUCAUGUUUAUGCUUUUCCAUUUGUUGCUUGUCAACACAUUGACGAUUCUCUGUCUCUUUUGGUACUUUUGCUGAUUAUGCAGUUUGACUAUUUAUUGCAUGGCUAACCCUUUUGUGACAGCAUCUGAUCCAUUUAGUAGAAGCAAUAACCUUUUUGUCUUCUUGAAAUAGAAACUGAAUUACGCUCUGAAGGUGUGGGCCCUUGUAACCUGUGUUUAGCCUUAAAAGGUUCUGUAAUCUCAUUAACCAGGUGGCUUACAUGAACUCUCUGAAGCAUGAUGUACAAAUACAGCCUAAUCAUAUUCUUAAACUUGCCUUUACAUUUUAGAGAAGUCCAGGAAGUGUUAUUUCAUUGCCGAGCAGUACCACUGACUUCCCUGGAUUAAUAUGACUUUUUCUUUCAGAAACAAGGGAGUGGAAUCCACUGAUGAAUUCAGUGCAAGGCAACAAUUAUCAAAACCUGUAAGAAACAGUUUGAGAUAAAAAAGAACAAAUUUUCUUCCAGCUUGUCCAAACAAGCGACAAGGGAUUUCCUUUGAAGCUGCUCUUUUGCACUUUGAUAUAUUUUAGUGAAUCGCUCAGACCUUUUUAAAAACUAAACAUUGAAAUGUGAAAGUGAAGAGUUCCAUCCUCCUUUCAAAUUUAAAAUAUAGAAAACUAUGCUCGAACAAAAUGGCUAAAUAUUUUCAGUUUUGAUAAUUCUAAUGGUCCAGGUAUUUGAAUUUUUGUUUAAAAGUGAGUGUCAACCUUUCUAGCUGUAUUUGGUGAACAGUUCCACAAUUUUGAUGUGGUGUACCUCCAGUCUCUACCAUAGGCACAAUUUUGCUAUAGAGUACCUCCAAUCUGUACCAUAGGUGGUUGAAUGUUCCUUAAGCAGGUUCCAGAGUCUGUACAAGGAGCACCUGAGCAUUGUUAAGUCCAGCAAACUAGACAAUUUGUGACAACUGACAAACCAGUGCUUUUUUUUUUCUUUUUUAAAUAAGUCAUGGCUAAUACCGAUAGACCUCAGUGCUGCAAAACAACUUUGACAAGCAGCGAAACGACUUGUAGCUGAAUGACUUUGUAGCAAAACGACUGGUAACCGUUACAUUUUAUUCCACUCUAGGUGUCCUCAGGGGUUUCAAUAAGCACCGACGGCCGAUGAAACGUGUCGGCUACUUUGCUCAUACAAGUCGGCUACUUUUUUUCUACAAGGAAGAAGGAACUAGUUUGAAUAACUUUGUCAACAAAAAAUAUAAUUAUUGUUCAUAAAGACCCACUGGUUUUAUGUGAUUCUUUAGUCAUGUAAACGCUAUGUUUCAGUCAGUUUUCACAGGUUUCUUUAUAGGUUUACACAGAAUUUGUUAACGUGCAAAAGUACGUAAUUUAGUUUUCAUCAUUUGUUUAUUGCUUGUAGGAAUUGAUUGUGACUGAUCAAUCAGAAGUUUAACGAAAGCGACACUGAUUUUCUUGAUUAAAAAACACGCUCUUUUGUCCUCAAUUUAGCUCCCCAGAACGCUGAAAAUCGCAUCUUAGGGCUUUGAAUUUUCAAAAUUUUCUGGGGAAGCACGUCAUCCCCCCCCCCCUCAGGGACUAACAUGUCCCUUUUGAUACAUGGAGGAUAUUACAAGGCCGCGAGGAGAUACGAAAUUUCUCUUCGACGCGAGCGAGUGAAAUAUUUUUUCAACACGAAAAGAUAAAUUUCGUAUCUCCAAGCGGCCUUGUAAUGUUCUAUUUAUUAUAUAAACACCAAUGAACUACCAAACCAUUUCACUUUAAUAGUUUUUUGGUGUGAAAGGCGCGAUUUAUUUUGAAGCCAUAGCAACGGUGAUAUUUUCACAUGUGAAAAUACCAAGUUUUCGCGCGAAAGCUCACCUUGGUAUUUCAUUGGUGUUUAUAUAAUAAGUCGGUUACUCUAUUCAAACCUGCUGGCUACUUCAAUGUUUAUUGAAACCCGUGUGUCCUUCCAUCCCAGUCCACUUCCCAAAUGUGUUUUAUGUGUUUGAUUUAGGAUGAUGACGAUGAUGAGUGCCCAGAGAGUCCUCCAGCACCUGAUUAUUUCUCUCCACCUGCUUCACCUUGUAUGCAGCUCACAUCAUCUGAUACAGCACAGCAUGAACGUGAAGAGGUUUUGCCAUCAAUACUUCCUGUGUACGUUUUUACAGUUUCAUUUAUAGUUGAUGAUAUAUUAAUUUUAUGGUGUCAUUGUUUCGAUGUAAUCAUGGCCUUUUUCUUCUUUCACCUCCGCAGUGAUCAACUUUAAACUGUUUGAACUGUUUAAUAAUACUUACAAAUUUUACAAGCAUGGAAUAUCCACUGCCCGCCGUUAGCAGAUUAGCUAGUGGAGGCCAGCAGUGGUUACAUUCAAAUAGCUCACAAGCAAGACUAGAGAAAAAAGGCAAAAAAUGUUACUUGCUUAUUCCUAUUGUUAAGUAAUAAGAUUCAAUCAAGAUUUCAGGAGCUUGGGAACCAUGUCCUUUGCAAUUAAUUUGUGGUGUUCAGCUUACAGUGUUGUAUACCCCUAUUCUCAUGGUUUUUUCUUUUCUUAGGGCUGAAAAAAACUCUCAUGACGUGCUUGAACCAAUUCCGAAAAAUGUAAGUUUUUGACGAACCAUUUUUUUCACAGACUGUUUGCCUUAAGAUGUAUGUCUGAUCUGUCCCACUGCAGCUUGAUGCAAUACAAGCUCUUUUGUGGUAAUUUAAGUCAGUUAGCAGUCACAUGUUGAAUGUUGUGAAUAUGGUCACAAAAGUAUAUUUAUAUUAUAUUUAUAAUAACGUUUUGGUUUUUGUUUGGUCCUUGCCCACAGGCUCCAACCGUGAAGAUCAAAGAUAUUUUGCAUCAGGCACGUGUCGUCCAUUAUGAGACAAUGGAGAGCAUUUGCUCCAUGUUAGAGAAAACUGGACCCGCCAUCAUCAAUAAUCUACCUCAACCUCUCCUUGAGGCACAGAGCUUAAGGUUUCUGUUUGGUCUCUUGUUUUACUUUACGUAAGGGUGCAGUGCUGACCUAGGGUGCCUACCAUUGGUCAUGACACCGACAGACCAGAAAGCCCUUUUUGUUAUCUUCUAUAAGUUUAUAUGACGUCAGAAAUGUAUGUUUAUGCCUAGUUUAGAGUCGCGAACAAAGGCAAAAAAAGGUUAGCUAUGACUAAGAUACGUUUACGGGUGAAACCGAAAGAGGUCAGAUUACAGUGGCAUGAUUCAGUUGCAUUAUUAUUAAGCGUAUUAUUAACAAACGUCUUUCAUGCAGAAAAAGAUUACGAACGAAAGUUAGGCAUCUUGAGGCAAUGUUGAAACAGCGGGGAGAAAGAGCAGAUGGGCCAUUUAGGAGUGGUAUGUACAAACCAUCAAUAAUGUGAAACUCUAUCCAGGUACCCGUACUUUUAAAGUUAUCCCGUGAUUAACAACAUACAUAGAUGGACAGCCUCAACAAGACAAAUACUAGUAUGAAAAUUGUUGAUGUGAGACCUAAAUGAUAGGAUUAGUGAAUCUUCCCAGUACCAGUUUUCAAUGUCCACUUCUGCUUGGAACUUCCCCUUGUCAAAAUGUUCGUAUUUGGUGUUGCCUAUUGGUUUUUUGGACCUUUAAUGUAAGUAGGUCUAAAGUGUAUCAUCGUUUGGGAAGGUUAGGAGCUAAUUCAGACUAAACCGUACAUAACAGUCGUCAGUUAAUCUUAUAGAAAUUUGUGAUCUAGGCAUAGGUGACGGCAAAAUUUAUGUUCUGACACAUAAUCGUGACACUAAUUAACUUAAUUACUCAAUAGUCAGCUCCAGGGGAAUGCCAUAGUCAGCGAUGUGCUGAUGUGCGUGUAUUCCAACAACUUAUUUUAUAAGUAAAAAGUGCCAAAAUAUUGUUUUCUUUGUUAUGCUUACAGUUGAAAGGCCCAGAACGUUUGUGGAACGUCCUUCGUCAUAUGCGCUGAACACUACACCUUGUGGGGAAAGUUUCUUUGAGAGAGAGGGCAGCAUGGCGGCUCAAUCUAACAUCAGCUUGAAUCGCGAGAAUAUUUCCACAGUGUCUGGAAACAACAGAAGACAAUCUGCUGCAAAUAAUGCUGGUCAACAUGCUAAAGUCCAAUGUUCUUCCGUCAGUCCAGUAUCUAUGGCUUCUGAAGGCAUGAUGAAUGAUCACACAAGUAAAGAUACGCAUCUACUAGCUGAAUUGCAAGACAGCAGUGAUGAUGAGUGGGCAAACACGUCUGCUCUUACUACAAAUACUGGAAAUAAGUUGUCUACAACUUCUCGUGUGGCUGAUUGUGGCAGAAACAUUAACUCAUUUGAAUCCACACCUUGCAAUCAACAGAGAACUACGAGUCUUUCAUUUCAGACCACAUCAUCCGUUAAAAGCAAAACUAGUAUCAGCCUUAAUUCCAGCUUCUCACCUCGGAGAAUCAAUAUGAUUCCAAACAACGGCAAUGACAGUAAGUUGUCUAUUAUUUGGUCUAAUAUUAACCCUCGGUUAAUGUCCAGCUAGGACUGCGUGCGCAUGACUUUACAUGGUCUAAUGCACAAGAACACAAGAAGUCAUUUUUGUGAUGGCAUCACUUUGCAACAAUUUAUGACCAGCCUUUCUUUCUUUCUUUCUUUCUUUCUUUCUUUCUUUCUUUCUUUCUUUCUUUCUUUCUUUCUUUCUUUCUUUCUUUCUUUAUUUAAUUACUUAUUUAUUGCCUUCUUGUUUAAAUAAAGAAAUUCCCGGCCGUGGUAUUCAAACAAAAACAGCCCUAUUAAGACGUAAUAUUAUUGUAUUCGGUGAUAUGUACUUUUUUGUCUCUUUUGGAUGUUGUUUGAUAGAAAUAAAUAAAUGAAAUUAAUAAAGUUGUAGUGAACUGGUACAAUCGUGAAAAUUGCUUUUUGUUUUGAUACUGGCCUGAACUGAACUUUACCACUGUAAAUGGGAAUAAGAAGUUGAAGCUUGCUGGGAAUAGUGGAUUGAAGGUAGCACUGACAAGUUGUUAUGGGUUUUAUUCAUGAAAAGAUUGUAUCAGUUUAUCCAGAAUGCUGGCAUUUUUUCCUUGCCUCUUCUGUUGAGCUGCUUGCACAAGUGGUGUCUACAAGUUUAAUUUGAGUGUCUGGANUUAUUUAUUGCCUUCUUGUUUAAAUAAAGAAAUUCCCGGCCGUGGUAUUCAAACAAAAACAGCCCUAUUAAGACGUAAUAUUAUUGUAUUCGGUGAUAUGUACUUUUUUGUCUCUUUUGGAUGUUGUUUGAUAGAAAUAAAUAAAUGAAAUUAAUAAAGUUGUAGUGAACUGGUACAAUCGUGAAAAUUGCUUUUUGUUUUGAUACUGGCCUGAACUGAACUUUACCACUGUAAAUGGGAAUAAGAAGUUGAAGCUUGCUGGGAAUAGUGGAUUGAAGGUAGCACUGACAAGUUGUUAUGGGUUUUAUUCAUGAAAAGAUUGUAUCAGUUUAUCCAGAAUGCUGGCAUUUUUUCCUUGCCUCUUCUGUUGAGCUGCUUGCACAAGUGGUGUCUACAAGUUUAAUUUGAGUGUCUGGAGAGGCAGCCAUGCUUUGUUCGCUAAGAAAUUUAUCUUUUUUUUACAGUUGAAUUGAAGCGAAAAGAUUUGCCCUACCACAGAGAGAUGUGGAAGAUAUUAAAAAAUGUGUACAAGAUCCGUUCACUAAGAACAAAUCAGUUGGAAGCCAUAAAUGCUGCUAUGAUGAAGCAUGACUGCUUUGUUCUUAUGCCGACCGGUGGAGGAAAAAGCCUGUGCUUUCAAUUAACUGCAUUAAUGGGCUCUGGGGUAACUUUUGUUAUCUCACCUCUGAGGUCUCUUAUUCAGGAUCAAGUACAACGCCUUCAGUCUCUCCAGGUAAGUGUGCAGAGGCUAUAUCCUUUUUUACUGCACUUUUUGAUUGUGAACAGGUUAUUAUUUGAAAUAAAUGGAAGGACAGGUCGCUGACGUGGAACAGGAGGUCAUUAUUACGAAUAAUAACCUACUGGUCCAUUUCAGUGGCCGCAAUAAGGAUCUGCUGGUUCUAAAACAAUGGAAACGUGCAUUAAAUCGGAUAAUGCCUCGCUUCCCGGCCUUCUUAAGCCUCGGAGCUCAGGCAUUAUCCCAUAGAUAUUCUGUCAAGCUCUGUUUUCCUGUUGUAGAACAAACUUGAGUGACACAUGUUUUCCAAAGUAAGAUCGAACGUAUCAUCAAGGGCAACAGUCACACUUUCCAGAGGUUCUCUAAUAGAAAAAUUAAGGCAAUUUUUCUCAGGAUUAGUUGACUUUAAGACGGCAUUGAUGAACAAAAUUAAUAACUAAAAGAUUGCUUGUCCAUUAAUCUAUAUUCCGUAAGUAGAUUGAUGGUCUGAAAUAAGCAAACCUCCUUAGUAACUUAUACUCUAUAGAAAAAAGCAUGGCAAAAAUUGUCGUCAAUAUAUGUUAAAUUCUUAAUGGUCUUUUUUAACUCGUGGGUACGCGCGAGCGUACCACGAGUUAUUGCAGGGACAGGGAUAUGCAAAUGAGUCACUCGCUCACUCGUAGUAGACGCACUUGGUAAUUAAUCGGGUCCGAACUCGAGAGCGCGAAGAUCUUUCGUUUCCAAAGAAGCACGCGCUCGUUGAAGUUCGGUGGCAUCAAAUUCCUCGCUGAGAGCGUGCAUCGUGCGCUACAGCACGGUUAGAGGAUAGAGGUCUUACCAAAUUUAAGACACGCAGGAAUCUUUCAGAUUAGUACGAUUCUAGAGCCUUUGACUCGUCCAGGCGUUAAACUUGACGAGAAGAUGAGCAUUUGCUCUUCGACUCCUUCAACUUCGACGCUGGCUUGAUCUCCUACCUUGUUGCCCCCGCAGAGGCGAAAUCCCGAGGAGGCACCCUAGUAACUCGCGCGUAUAUUAAGGACAGUACUUACAGUUCAAAUAUACAGUCAGUAUACUAGAAAAAAACUCGAUUUGCUCGAACAGGGGCCGCGAGGAAUCGGUAGGUAAUGAUGACGUUUCUAUUGUUUGCGCCCGCAAGUACGAAAUGGUAAGGAUGACGUAAAGACAAAAUUUCGAAGGGACCGCUCUGGUAGAUUUUGUGACAUUUUUUGUGCAGUCAUACUUCGAUACUCUUUUGCGUUACGCAGAGACAUUCUGUGGAGCAGUUGUUUUGAAAGUUAUGGGCCAAAAGACACUCGUUAAGCGCAGAUGAGGUUAUAAGGUGCGUUUAACUGUGUAUAUAUAAACACUUGGAGGUUUGCCAGACACGAGUUCACAAAUCAUUGAUUUAUAUUGGAAACCUUGGCAGACACUCUGUCUCUCUCUUUGACCGCAAUAAGACUCAGCCCCAAACAAGGAAGACGAGUGAACAACGGCUAGCCUAUCACUAGCAGAUUGAUGGAUAAUUACAUGAAUUCGCCGACAAUGAAAUUCUGUGCUGACUUUUUCCCUGCUCACAGAUGUCCUUGCGUUUUAAAGUUUCAAAUAAGACUAGAAUGCGCGAGCGUGAAUCGAUGAAACAUCCAAUUUAUAAGGCUUACUUUCCGGCAAAUACAAUGAACUGAAUGUAAAAAGUGAAAGAGAAAUAGCGAAAAAUUCAACUUCUAAUUAAAUCUUUUCGUAUGGUUUAGAAUAAACUAUUCUCGAAACUGAGAAUGUUUUGAUCAAAGCUGUGUAAAUCAAUCGAGCUGAAACUGUGCAUGGAACCUUGGGUUUCCUGUAUCUAUCUCACCUAUUGUAUGGAAUGUGUGAAAAUCUUCAUUAUGAAUCGGUAUAUUUCAAAGAGCUACACAACCAGCGAGAAUACUAUUGACCGACAAUAUACAGAACGGGGGCAGCUGUAGUGUCAACUAUUACUAGUAGUAAUGUAGUAGGUUAUGUGUAUGAAUGAAUGUAUGGUAAAUAAAGGCACUUCUUCUUCUUCUUCUUAAGGACUCCCCAAGAUCACGGGGGGAAAUGGAUGUGAUUUUGAGCGUUAGCUUUAAAAUGACAGCGGAAAUCGAGAUAAGAAAACAUAAGCUUAUGUUUUGCGUCCUACUUCGGACCACUUCGCGGAGGAGUUGUGUCGGCUUUGUAUCGCAUAUGUUCUUUCAUUGCCAUGAAAUGCGUUUACAUUGUUUUUUACCGUCAGUAGCCUGGUUUCAAUUAGCCUUAAUUUUAUCCGAUUGUUUCGAGUCGUUUUUUUCAAUCGGUUAAGUAAGGUUCGAUCGUUUGCCGGCGGAAGUUCCAUGAAAAAGGCAUUAAAUUUGAGAGUUUUCACCAAACCAUGUGAUCAUCCUCAGUGGCGUAGUGGCUAUGUGAGGUCGGGUCAACCCGAAGGUAACGGGUUCAAAUUCUGCUUUUGACCUUCUUUUUCCCUUCUUCCUUUUUUUUUCUUUUUUGUUUUGUUUUGUUUGCUUAUUUGUUUUGCUGGGUUUUUUUUUGUUUUUUUGUUUUGUUUUGUUUGCUUAUUUGUUUCGCUGGGUUUUUUUUUUGUUUUUUGUUUUGUUUUUAAAUAUAUACCUAAAUAACUGUUAAUAAAGUGCAAUAAACAGCAAGAAAAGUAUUGUGUUUCCAGAACAAGGAUAGUAUAUUUGUAAUCUGAAUUUAUAUCAUUUCCUAAAAUUUACUGUGGGAAAACCAGAGGUGAUAACUGAUUGAUUAUUUUCUUAACAACGUGCCCACGGGUUGACGAUAGUCUUUCUUUGAUUAGCUACCUGCUGUGCAUUUACUUGGUGAUACUGGGGCUGGUUCCACAAAGCACUUGAAUUCUGUCUACCAAGACUUGUCGCUCAGGAAUCCAACCAUUAAACUUGUAUAUGUGACACCAGAGAAACUUUCGGCCAGUGACAAGCUUCUGUCUGUUAUGAACAGCCUGUACACCCGUGGGUUACUUGAUAGGUAAGCUGUUAAACCACAUCAAGUAAGAGAACUAUUAUUAUAUAUUUGUGCAGACUAGGAAAAUGAGCGGAAUGUUGCUUUGGUGCGUGGGCUUUUUCAUACGAUUGGUUUUAGCAGGUUUCCUGGAAAAAUUCACAGUCAAAUUUCUUCUAAGCGCUUUCCAUUAAGCAGUCACUUGUCGAAUUCCUGGAAGUUAUUUACCUUACCAUGAUUUAAUUUGCCUCCAACUCUAUUGAAAUGUCAUUCAGUUAUGAAGGAUGGCUUGAAAUCUCCUUUUCUUUUGUACAAGGAGAGAACAAAAACCUCUAAGAAGGAUACAUCUCCUUGCUUGUCACGUUUUGUCUUCUUUUCUUGAUAUACCUACAGACUUGAACGAUCAGCCUCAAGUUAGCAAAUUGGCCAAUACCCAAGGGUGACCAUGUGUCUUACUGUUUCUUUGCCUUCUCCCUCUUUUUGUUCAGAAUUAGGACCGUUCUGCAUGUUUUAGAAACUUUUGUAUUGGUUGCAGGAUCGUAAUAGAUGAGGCCCACUGUGUCAGUCAGUGGGGCCACGAUUUCCGUCCAGACUACAAAAAGCUGUCGUCUUUAAGGACUAAGUACCCGAAAGUCCCUUUUAUGGCGCUCACUGCUACUGCCACACCUCGUGUACAAAAGGAUGUUCUCCACCAGCUGAAAAUGCCAAAACCAAAAUGGUUUGUACUUCUAAAUUCCUUUACCACUUUUCAUUAUUCAUUGUUUGAACAGUCUUUUUGGUGCUUAGUGCUUCCUAAUUGUUUUUUUUUUUAAGAAAUAUAAAUGAAAUUAAAUAAACUUUCUCACACGCAGAAAAAGAAACAAACCGUUUUUAGGAAAUUGGUGAAGACUAACAGAAAGAAAGUCAUUUUUACAGAAGCGAGUAUUUACUAGCCCAAACGUCAUUUCAACUACCCUCCAAAAUUUUUGGAUGAGCAGAAUUGAUUUCACAGUCCUUUUGUAAGGUGAAUUCCUCAAAAUACUUCACUUGCCUGUCGGGCAAGUUAAGAACAGAAUUAACAAGCCUGAUAGCAAAAUCCACUAGCCCCGAACCGUCGGACACUACUUUCUAUGCACGCUGAACAGUCUAACAGUCAAACCCUGUUAAUACGGACACUGAAGGGACCAUAGGGGUGUCAUUACUAAGCAGGUCAUGUUAUUUACGUCAUAAAACACCUUUUAUUAGAACAAAAUACUAAAGAAAUAAAAGAGGACAUUAGCAUCGUUAAAUUACUGAUCUCUAACCUUCACAAACCAUCAUUCCCCUGACUAAUUCCACGAAAACGCUCAAAAAUAGCUUAACUAUAUAUUACUCAAUCAAAACUGUUUUCUUCAUAACUCGUUUGAUGCCAAAAAAGUCUGAAAUUGAGGUAUACGAAUCAUCCUCCCUAAAGUACUGUAGCGCUGGGGAACAGCAACAUUCCGUCAAAUAAAAGUUUUUUUACCUUCAGAGAGGAAAGGUAUAUUACAGCAUACCAUCAAUGAUUAAGUGUCCGCAUUAGCAAGAUUGACUUUAUGAGAAUCUGUUGAUUGGGCAAAAAAAGUGUCCCUUGUCCACAUUAACCGGUGUCCAUAUUAAGCUGGUUGAAUGUAUAGGAAAUGUAAAGAUUUUUCCCAGGGACACAGAAAACUGUCUGCAAUGACGGGUGUCUGUUAAGUGGGGUUCGAGUGUAUUUGUUUACGUCACCACCUCCAACAGUAUCUUUUGUUGUUUCGGAAGGCUGGCCGGCUAUACUGCAUGGUUAAGCUUGAGAGAAGGGAGGUUCGUGCACCUUCUAUCUUGUCGUUUAUUACCUAAGUAUACAAUGUGGCUCAGACUGUGGAAGAUUCUAGCCAACUUUGUGUGGAAUUCAUUACACAGGAACGUGAAGUUUCAGUCGUUCAAAACUUAUAAUAAAUAAGCCCACCUUAUAAAGAAACGCUCGAUCAAAAACAAGUGAAGCUGUUACAUUUAAAGACAUUUUACCUCUAUUAACCAUAUUUAAAAAAACUCUUGCAUUGGUUCUACUCUUUUCUUGUUUGUUUUUUUUUUCUAAAUUUAUUCUUGUGUAUGUCAUUCAAAUCUUCCUUCCUCUUGCAUACCCCCAUUAGCCUUUGAAAGAUGCUAAAGGUGUUUCGAAGACCAAAAGGCAAUACAUUUCUUAUAAAAAAUAUAUCAAAUGAGCAACAAAUACCGCCAGAGAGAUUCGCACUGUGGGUCUUAUCAAUGCAUCUGUGUCUGUGCCAGACUGGAUUAGGAGUAAUUAAUCCAUAACCGUAGGUUCCUUUUUUGUUGUAUCUUAAAUGAGGGGAAGAUACUGAUUUUAACGCUAUGCCUUACUUAAAAGUUUAUCGGUUAUUUUUUUGGUGCUGCACAACAACAAUAAGAGGUUUAUCAAUACUGUUUUCUGUUGAGGUUAACAUACCGUAAAAUUCCGAAAGUAAGCCCCUCCAAAUAUACGCCCCCCAAACUCGUAACGCAAAAAACCCUCUGUUAAAUGCCCUUAAAUACAAAGUAAAACAAAGCAAAAAAGGUAAGUUUCCUUCCAGUUGAAAGGCUAGCCCAAUCGAUUUUGAAACGCAAAUUUACCACCGUAGAAAAGCCCCUCCAAAAAUAAGCCCUUCAAAAGGGCCUUUGAAAAACAUAAACUCCGGGGCUUAUUUUCGGAAUUUUACGGUACCCAGUGUCGUUGUGUUCCUUUUUGAUUCUAUAGUGUCUUUUUGGGCUGGUAAAACACGCAGCAGUUUAACAGCAACCCUAAAUAUGGUCUUUGGUGGUGACAUGUGACUGAUGUUUUAGAUGUUCAUAAAUGCCACUUUUGAGAACGUAUCACUUGGUCGUUCUAUUAGUAAUUGUACCGUUGUAUUUUCGAUUCAUGCUGGGACUUGCCUAAGCCUCCGUUUAUCUUUAAUUUCCUGCAAACUAUUCUUUUACCAUCAGAUGUUAUUAAAACUUUACCUUCUCUUAAUCAAUGUCAGGUUUACCCAGAGUUUUGAUCGACCGAACCUGAAAUUCGUUGUAAAACCAAAGAAAAAGGUUAUGGACGAAAUACUCAAGUAUAUCAAGACCAAACAUGCUGUUUCCUCUGGCAUUAUAUACUGUCUAUCCAGGUUUGUAAUUACCUUUUUUUAUUAUGGGUUUGUAAUAAUAGAUAAGAAAUUAUUUGUAGCACCUGACUUUAUGACGGAUCAAUUUUUCUUUUUAAAAAAACUCCUAGUUUCCUUUCAAAUAUCGAAUUACGUUUCUGUUAAUCUUAAUCGCCUUUGCAAUGUGAUGCAAAAGGAUGGCUGUGUUGGAAGGGAUUUGCUCAAGCGCCAGACAAUUGCAUCUGUUAUCAGAGCAAAGCAUCAUUAAAAAAAUUGUUAAGUUGUUCAAAGAUCAUAUAUAAUUUGCGUAGUAGGAAUUAAUUUAUUAUUAGCGUUGACUCUAACGAAACAAAAAACUUGUUUAUGUUGCUGAAAGGAUUGAUUGUGAGCGUGUAGCGGAUUCUUUAAAUGAAGCUGGUAUCAGUGCAGUGGCUUACCAUGCCGGCCUUUCUGAUGAACAAAGGACAAAGUGCCAAGAAGCCUGGAUCAAUAACCGAUACAAAGUAAGCCAACUGAACAGCGUUAAUCAAAGGUCAUGUGCAACUUGUUCUCUCGCUUGGAGAUCAUUUUUAGUGGUUUAUUCCGGCAACGUAUUUUGAAUUUUCCCAUGUUAAUGCAUUCUGGUUUUCUUAAUAGGUGGUUUGCGCUACAAUUGCCUUUGGAAUGGGUAUUGAUAAAGGCUCAGUUAGAUAUGUCAUUCAUCAUUCUAUGCCCAAGUCAUUGGAGGGGUAUUAUCAGGAGUGUGGUCGGGCAGGACGAGAUGGUGGACUGGCUGAGUGCAUUCUGUUUUAUUUGUAUGGUGAUACUACCAGAAUAAGGAGGUCAGUUGUGUACAAGCCUUUAUUGCUUAGAGCAUUAACAGUGGCAGCGGAGUUAUUCAUAGUUAUUGAUCUGAGAAAGGUUAAAAUUUUGUCCUGGAAAAAUUCGAAAUAUUUCUUUCACCAGUAAUAUUUUUUAAUGUUUACAGAUCCGGCACUCUGCACAAAAAUAAGAGCAAACCGACAUACCGUAAAAUUCCGAAAAUAAGCCCCUCCAUGUAUAAGCCCCUCUAAAUAUAAGCCCCUCAAACCGGUAACGCAAAAAAAACCCCGUUAAAUCGCCCCUCCAGAUAUAACCCCCCCGGGGGCUUGUACUUGGAAAAUUGCCCUCAAAUACAAAGCAAAAACGGUAAAUUUACUUCCAACUAUAAGACUAGCCCAAUCGAUAAGCCCCUCCAAAAAUAAGCCACUCAAAAAGGGCCUUUGAAAAAUAUAAGUCCCGGGGCUUAUUUUCGGAAUUUUACGGUAUGCUAAAAUUAGAACUUGCCUAACAUAAGCCGUACUGUUGAACUUAAGUGAAAAUGUGGCGCCCGCAAAAUCAGUUUUUCUUUCCAAUUGCUUAAAUUGGAAAAUUUACUGCGAUGAUCAUUCUUCACUUUCAUCUACGACCGCAGUUCAAAAAUGAAUUAUUUCACAUAUACUUCACAUCAGUGUUCAUUCAUAACAGUCGUUCAGAGAACGGUCGAAAAACAACAGCUUCAGCGCCGGCUGUGUGUCGGAGAAUUUCAGUUGCAACUUCGACUUUCAUAGCUAGAUUUCCCCAGACAGAUUUCGAUACAAAGCUUGUUAAUUUCUUUUUAAAAUUAGUGUUACCUGUUAUUCUAAAGGAAUUACAGUCAAAUUUUCUCAUUUCUACUUUACGUUUAUUUCAAAAAUUGUCACAUAAAUAAGCUUGAUAAUUAUUUCAUUUAUUUAGUUUUAGCUUAUUUUUUAGAGUCUUUUUAGUUGGUGUUUAUAGUUGCAGCUAUAGUUUUCCCUCAAAGUUUUUACCCUAAUAUUAAGAGCAAGUAGACAGGUGCCAUUCACAAUAACAACAAAAAACGUUUUGCAAUUUACCUGAAGACGGAGAACGGUUGAUUCAGCGAAAGAAAAACUCAAAGGGGCAGGAAGAUGGUAGCAUACAUGAACUCGGACCGAUGACUCAACCGAAGGCAAAUGGAAAAUAAUGUUUUUCUCUUUUGAUUAUGUUAUAAAAGGAAUAGUAAACGUUGCAGCUGUGCAACCAUGGAGUUAUGGAUGCACUUGGGAGGUUUGCUAAGCACUCAAGAAGCUAGAGUCGUACUCGGCUAUCGCCUCGUGCGACUCUUACGCUUCUUUCGUGCUUAGCAACCUCCCGCGUGCAUCCAUAACUCCAUGGUUGCACGCUGCACGUUUACCAUUUCUAAACGUAAUACUGAGAAUAGAAUAUACCUGAUGCUUUUUUGAAUCCAUUCCCGGACCUUUUCAGUUAAUUGAAAUCUUGAUCUCGUAGGUUAUUUCAGCUGAUUUUGAUUACUUACAAACAUUUCUCAUUUGAAUGUUGUAUGUGGUAUGAAGGAUGAUCCAGAAUGAUCCAGGCCGGAACACAGACUGCAAACAAGUGGAUAUGGACAACCUCUUUCGUGUGGUGCAGUAUUGUGAGAAUGUGACUGAGUGUAGAAGAGUUCAGUUGUUGCAUUACUUUGGUGAGAUGGACUAUGAUCCGUCCCAAUGCCGCAGUAGGGCUGACAGCAUGUGUGACACGUGUGCUUCCUCUGACUCGUUUGUGUAUAAAGACAUCACAUCAGAAGCUAAGGCGUUUGUAGAGAAUGUCAAUUCUAUUGUGCACAAUGGAAACAGGAAUUGGAGACAGCCUGUUAGGAGUUUCACUUUAAAUCACUUUGUUGACAUUUUCAAGGUACAGUUUAUAUUUUUUAGAAAAUUAAUUUCUAUGUAAGAUGCAUUGGCUAAGUUGUCAGUGCCACAACCGCGAACCUCUAAACUGUUUAGGGGAAUUCAAUUCUUCUCUGACCAAUCCCAAUGAAGUUUUGAUAGUUUGCAGAUAAAGUCGCCUCUCUUUGCUAAUAGCAGCAGGGGACGAUUCGAAAACAACGACAACAAAAAAACAUUCCACUACAUUUCUCGCAGCAGCAAGCAAUGCAAAGAACACCAACAACCCACAAAACCACUAACUUAUUACUGUCGCUGCUUAUAAUUUAUCCUGCCUAGCUGUUCAGGAGCACAGGACAAUAACAUUCCAGAAAUAUUUCCGUUUUUGUUUGCUGUUUUUGUACCUUGCAGUAAUGGCAUUUUUUAAGUUUGCGUGUAUUUGCACUUUAUUUUCCUUUAGCACUUGUUGAAGCUCUCUUAAGAGCUCAGUGUCUGCUUGUUCGCACUUUUAACAUAUUCCAAAACCAUGUAGUUUCCUUCCUUAUUGUGUACCCCCUGACAAGAAUGACAAGUUCAACUAUCUUUUACGCUGCUUUACUCACAAUUAUACCUGGUAAUACAGGGUUCUGGAGGUGCGCGUGUGUCUUCUGAAGGACAUGACAGAUGUUCUUUGUUUGGCUUGGGAAAGUCCUACCACAGAAAUGAUGCUGAGAGACUCGGUCAUCUGCUUGUUUUGAAGCAUAUUCUGGCAGAGCAUAUGGUGAUUGGUAACCAUGACAACGUUAUCAGUUACCUUAAGUUAGGGCCUAAAGCUUUGGACUUUCUUCAGUCUAAGAUCAAGGUACAGUUACUUGAUAAUACGGUGACCGGAAGUAAUUUUUUCCCGCCACCUGUCAAUGACCUCAAGUUUAAGAUACCAGGACGGUGGUCAAAACGUCGCUUUUUAACAAAAAUUGAGUUCGCACUCUUUUUCCAGACUUUUUGGCGAUUAUAACAAGUCGCUUCAAAUCUUCAUCAUUUUGAAUUUGACGAUUGACCCAUUAACUUACAUACCUUUUUACUAUCGUAAUUUUACAUAUAAGUCCCGCAUACUAUUGUAAGUUUCCUCGUUGUUUUAUUUUGGUGUUGUUUUCUUUUUUGUGCUGUCUUGAUUUAUUGUGUGGCUGGAUCCGCCUGCGGGCGAGGUAAAGCGAAGCCCGUGUUGUUAUUGGAAACGCUUUCGACCGGCAAAAAAGUUCUCUUUUUGGACAUAUAAUAAGUCCUUUACUAACCAAACUUGUUUGGUCUAGAUCGCUGGAUAUUGGCCUCUUUCUCGUUAAUGUUUUAAUUGACUUCGACUUCGUCUCUCGCCAUAAAAACGGAAAACAUAUGCAGCCAACUAGACCUUACGCUUAGUUAUUAACGCACAUAUAUGGGAAAAGUAGGUGAGUCCAUUAUGCACUCUGUCUUAUACUGUAUACCCAAACGGUAUCAUUUUGGCAUUCCCCAGUAUGUAAGUUGGAAAGAACGCUUUUUCUGUCUGUCUCCAUUAUCUCCAUAGCUUUUUUUUUGGUAAUUAGAAUCCUCUGUUUGUUCUGGACUAACUGCUAUUUCAGUGUCUGUGGCUCAUCUCACUCGGAGUUCAUCGAAAAUCAUAAAUUUUAUAAUAGCAAAAUUGAGUUUCCAGUGAGGUUUUUGGCAACGUUAGCACGCUUCAUUAUCCCUUGUGUUUGUCGAUCUAUUUCUUACUUUAUCGGAUCCACCGUGUUAUAUCGUAUUAUAUACUGACUCUAAACCUACCAUUGGCUUAUGGUUGCGGGAAACGUCUUGGGGAAUUUCCAUACGUUUUAAUUGUUAAUUUAUUUUGUCCAAUUCUCUUAGCUUCCUCAGUUACCAGUGCGGGAAAAGAACGUCGGGGGCAAAACUAAAGCGAAGUCAGAUGUAGCGUCGGACAGCUGUUGUACAACUUCAGAUUACACAACUGAUGCAGCAGGAGACUCCACAGAGGACGGUGAUCACUCACAUUACUGGCAUCAAGCCGAGUUGGCCGCCGUUGGGAGAAAAAGAAAAAGAAAGACCACAGGUGCAUUCGUAAGGUACGAAACAUCUGAAAUCUAG